GGUCUACUUGUAACUGAAACUCUUUUAUUCAGGUACUAUUGUGAUGUUUGCCUUGACCGCACGCUAUACGCAAGGACGACCAGCAAACCUUCAACCGGGAACAGCAUUUUCUGGGCAGAAGAGUUCGACCUCAAUAAUCUUCCAGACGUUUCAAUCCUGACUAUAAGCCUUUAUCGUGAAGCUGACGGCGGAGGGCGAGAUAUACGAAGGGGUUUGCUUACCCGGUCAAACAGUAAGAAGCUUUUAAAGAAAUCACAGAACCGUCUAGUUGGUAAAAUCGACAGUUUUGACAUUGUUGAAUGCAUAGCACUGAGAGGAAUCUUUUCAACUGUUAUGGUUGAUUACUUCUUUGCUUUCUGUCCCCUUAUAGGUUUUGUGACCCUUCCUGUGGUGAACAUAUGCUCGCGUAACCCAGCACAGACCUGGCUGACCUUGCAACCGCCUUCGAAUGCAGAUCUUAUCAAUCCAGCACUCAUCAAUCCGAUUGAAUUUGGGACAAGCAAUUCGGUCACUUGUACCAAUGGUAUUUCAAGUCCUUUGGGAAAACCCCAUGGUUCCUCCAACACGGUUGGUGGCACCGGAGUCCGGCUGCGGGUUUCAGUUAGGUACAAAUCCAUCGACAUCCUCCCUAUCCGUGCUUACGCUGCUUUGCAUUCGCUGGUCCGCGAGAAUGCAAUAGAAUUCACUGAAUGGCUCGAGCAUUUAAUUCCACUCAAGCUCAAGGAAGAAGUUGCCUCCUGUCUGGUGAACCUCCACGAACAAGCCGGAACAGCUGCUGCAUUUUUAACUGAUCUGGUAGUUCGGGAGGUCUCCGAGUUAGAAAAUGAGUCAAUGACUUUCCGCUCGAAUACAAUGGCCACCAAGGCUGUGGAGAGUUACAUCAAACUUGUUGGGAAAGAGUAUCUUCAUAAACUCCUUCAUCGGUACAUCCAGCGAGUCUUGAUUUGCCCUGACACCUGGGAGGUGGACCCGGAUAAAUUAUCACCUCAUAGCCUUUCUGCAGGUAGUCUCCUUUCCCCAGACGGCCAAGGAACUUCUACAUCUGCGACCAUAAUUAUCCAAGACUACUGCGCCAGAAAACUUCUUUCUACUGACUAUGAGCAGCAAGUAACCCCUAACAGCCUCUCGCGUCUCGCCGUACUAACCAACGGGCGAGUCGCUCAGCCUGGGAGCCUUAUUUUUAGUCAGACUCAACUGCUUCAACACCUUGAUUUUGUGUGGGAUGCCGUGUGUGCAAGUAUCCCCGAUUUUCCUAGACCCCUUUUGGAAGUAUUCUCAGCAUUUCGCUCAGUUCUGCAACCAAGCAAAGGUGCCGAAUUCUGCGACAAAUUGAUUUCAGCCUGUAUUUUUCUACGCUUUGUUUGUCCAGCAAUUCUGACUCCGUCGCUGUUCGGCCUUGCAAGCACCUUCCCUGGCGAAUCAAGCUGUCAGCGCAAUCUCACCCUCAUCGCCAAGUCUUUACAGUCGCUCGCCAACCUUUCAACAUUUGGUGAUAAAGAAUCCUUUAUGAGAUUCAUGAACGCCUACGUGGAGAUUCAGAUACCAGUGAUGAGAACCUUCCUCCGGGAUAUCUCCUCUUUGCCCGACCCUUUCGGGCAUUGCAGUCAAUCAGUGUCCCCGGUAGCCAACAGCAUAGACUGUGGCUACGAGCUUGCCUGUCUCCAGACCAUCUGUUUUGAGCUCUUUAACGCUUCCUCUGCUUCCAGCAGUCAACAGAACACCAGCACCUCACUGCUCACUACAAGCCCUGGAAAGUCCCCACUCACCUCCCUCCCGCCUUCGCUAAUUCGUCUUCCUGAGAUUAUAACUCACCUUGAGAAUAUCAAAAACGGGAUCGCUAUCGAAAGUGACUUCACCGAAACCCAAUCUAUAUUCGAUCCCUCCUAUGCAUCCGGAGAUUCUAGAAGACGUCUUCUAGCAACUGCAGACGGAAAGUGUCAGCCCCACCGCCCUCUCCUUCCCCGAUUCACCGUCUCAAUGGAAGAUUCCAUGGGACCUUUUGAAGCAGAGUCUUUGGGCGGCUUUCGAUCCCUUGUAGAUAACACCCCUAUGAAUUCAUCCAUCCAGAAACCGACUGCAGUCCGACCCAAGACUAUGCGGAUGACAUCUGCCUCACCGGGUGACCAACAAUCGUCAAUUAUUAAUGCCUCGAAGGCUUCAAUGACAAAGUCAACUUCCAUGGGAAAUAACAGGAUCGAUAAAGUCACCUUGCGCGAGAUCCGAAAAGCUUCUGCCUUUCCACGGGGCAUUGAGGGGUCUAGGAGUGGUGUUGGGUCAAAUACGUCUGCGCCUGGAAAUGAUUUGGAUUACGAUGACCCGUAUAAUGAUGAUGUAUACGAUUCGGCAAGUAACUUCUCAUUUUACUUACUGAAGCCGGAAAGGACCGGCGGACAAGUUUCUGCCAAUGACGAGAGUCCUGCACACACCCUCCACUUUCCUUCUCCUCCAAGUGCCUUUUCGCUGUACCGGCGCCCCGCGCCGACGGCUGUAUCUGGCACUAAGUCGAUAACAGAGGUUCCCGUAAUGGAGUGCGCUGCAAGCCCCGUUACCAUCCAGUCGACGACCGCGAAUUCACGGACGUCGAGUGGUGUUUCCUCUGGUUGUACACUUCAUACCUCCCCCCGAAAAGCACACCAAGUUGCCAAUUUGGGCAAGGGACAGAUGAAUUCAACCUUUGCGACCGGUGAAAACCUCGUACUCGAGCCUCGUCCCAAUCCCAUCAAACAUCUUUCGCGCUCUUCCACGAAUUCUUCUUCCUCUGGCCGCUCUUCCCUCACAAAUAAACAGGAUUUGGUGGCUCACCAGCACCACUAUCCGUUUCGUCAGGCUGUCAACGCCAACCUGGCCAAGUGCGCCUCUGAUGUCGCCAACGGCACCUCAAGCAAACGCAAGAGUCAAAUGUCCUCUUCGAUGGAAAACACUUCAUACCAGGUGGACUGCAGCUUUGCCAAUGACUCCACAACUGCCACGACAAUCGGUUCAACAGUAACUAAGGCAGGAGGUGGGGUCCUUCCGAACUCAGCUUUGCCCAGAGUGAAGAGCAGUGGCUUUACCGGGGCUCAUGGCCAUCAGCCACACGCUCAGCUGAUAUUAAAGGAUAACGAGCAGUUGCUGUCAUCUACUUUGGAAGAACUAGGGGAUGCAGUUGCCUGGCUUGAGAGAGAACGCAGUGACUUGUUGAGUAUGCAGGAACGUCGACUACUCAGCAAUCACCCCCCAUCUCGAACAGUCUAUAAUAGUUGCAGUAAUGUAUUUGCUGUCAACAGUACCUGUGGUGUUGCACCGCUAACAAAUUCCAGAAAAGGUGCCUUGUCAACCCCCCAAACAUCGGCUGCAUCCGGAAUGAACACUGCCACUUCAACGGUAUCGUCAUCACCAUUACAACAGCACCUUAAUCCCCACACUUCAUCUCCCACACUCCAUUUGCUCAACUGUACACAUCCAACUGCAGACGAAAUUGUUUCCCUUACCAGAUCAGCUAACAGUCUUACAGAACAGAACUUCCCCCACCAUCAGCACCGCCGAUCUGCCGUCUCAAAAACCUUCACCUUGACCCGAUCCGGCUCUGCCUCUGUAAGCCCUUCACGGAGAAGUAGAGAAGGGAGUGACUCCUCUGACAACGCUUGCGGUUACCAGGUGCGUCGAAAGCGCACCACAACCUUGAUUCCGGCCAGCAAGGUUUUGUCGUCGAUAACUAGUAACAGCGUAAACCAUCGAUCAGGUCCACAAACACCAGUAGAAAGGAGAAGAAUUCCAGGUACAGUAAAUGACAGUGAUGAAGUGACAGAGCACCCCAUGCAGCAACCCCAGAAGCAACAGUCUAGCUUUGUAUCUACGUGGAACUGUAACCUCUAUAUUCCUAACAAUCCUCCUAACAUCGCUGAUGCCGGGCGUUCGCAACGUCGGAGUGCUGGCGCAGGCUUUAUCUUGUCAGGUUCGCCGCUGCUUUCAUAA